CUGAAAGCUUUUACUGUUGGGAAACUGGAAACGAUGAGAACUUUACAUACUUCUUGUUCCAAGUCCAUCAUUGACAAGCACAAAGAUGUAGGGUUUUCUUCUUCUUUUGAGGAUCUUUCCCGCAACAGAGCUCAACUAUCCUUAUUCCCUUCGAGAGAUUUUGUUAGAAUCCGAUUCUUGCAUCUUCUUUCACUGCAACACAGGCGUCUUCAGCCUGUUCUUUCAUCUCUUUCUUCCUCACCAGACUCACAGGUGGACUUGGGGAAUAUAGAAACUCAACCUGAACAAGAAAUUGCAUCGAAGACUAUUAAUAUCAAAUUCCAGUUACAGAAAGAGUGCUCCUUUGGAGAGCAUUUUUUCAUAGUAGGGGAUCAUCCUAUGCUAGGGUCAUGGGACCCUGAAAGUGCUGUACCACUGACUUGGUCAGCAGGACAUGUUUGGACUGCAGAGCUGGACAUACCUGUUGGAGUACCUAUCCGAUUCAAAUUCAUUCUUAAAACUAGAACUGGGAAACUUUUGUGGCAACCGGACCCUGACCGGAUAUUCGAGUCCCGCGAAACUAAGAAUACCAUUAUUGUUUGUGAAGACUGGGAAAAAGCUGGAAAUCAAAAAGUCACAGAGGAAGAGCCAAUAGCUAAUCAAGAUGGACAUCUUCUUGAUUCUGAGAUUGCAAUUGUUGCAGAAAAUUUGACACCUCCAAAGGAAGAACUAGUCCUUGAGACAAAUCCCACCUCUCCUGCAAAGGAACAAUUACAAGCAUUAUCUGAGGAAUCAGCCACUGGUGAUUAUGAUCCUUCACCAGAGAAGCCCUUGGCUAUUGUUGCAGAGAAUAUUAGUUACACAACAGGAAACUUAAUUGCAAAUGCAGAUAAUGGAGUGCUCGGUUCGAAUAAAACUGACUACCCUGAUGAUGAAGCUUCAGAUGUUUCGAAUAAGAAUGUUUUGGUAGCAGAAGACCUUGGAGAUAUUGACAGAGUAGAAACUGCCGAUGCCGAGGGAAAUUUGGUAGAAUAUGAAGGUAAUCCUGUCUUAGUACCUGGCUUGAGUCCUUUAGCAGCAAUGUCACCUGAAGAAUCGAUGGUGAGUGAAGAUGAGAAUAUUAGUACAACUGAUGCAUCAGUUGAAGUUAAUGAAGCUUUAAAUCACAAAGUGUCCGAGUGCCGACAUGAUAAUAUUCAGUCAGAAGAGAAGCAAGAACCAGAAGGUGAACCACAGGAAGAAGAAACAAUUGUGGUAGCCAAAGAAGAUGUGGAACAGCUCAACCAACAUAUUCUGGAACCCCUGGCAGCCAAAGAAGGACAACCUGAUCUGGAGCCUUAUCGAAGCAACAUGUUGCAGAGUGAUGACCAAUGGGGCCGUAACACAUUGCAGAAGCUUCUCAGUGGUUUAAGAUUUCUGUAGCUCAUUUAGACUAUACGAGACGUUAUAGUCUCUGUAGUAUGAAUGCUCAUUGCCAUGCUUGGGUUCUGUUAAAUGAGAGGGUUAGAUACUGGUACUGCAUUAGUUCUGUUAGCAUGUA